AGGAAGUGGCUCCGCGGUGUGAUUUGACGGAAGAUGCUUAAGAACCGGGAGCUGCUGGUGAGUUGAACGGUUUACCGAGUCCAGUGAUCCAGGUUGUCUUCUGGUCUUCUGGAGCUCGAGGUGCGUCAUUUCCGGGACUUCAGCCCCCGCUUUCCCAGACACAAUUCAGUGAAGAUGAGACCAUGGUCCCGGUACUAACCUCCAGAAAAGCCAGCGAACUCCCCGUCCACGAAGUCGUGUGUGUCCUGCAGGCCGACCUGCAGGUUGGUCUGACCCAGGAGGAGGUGAGCAGGAGGAGAACCUACCACGGCUGGAACGAGUUCGACAUCAGUGAAGAGGAGCCACUAUGGAAGAAAUACAUCUCCCAGUUCAAAGAUCCUCUCAUCCUGUUGCUGUUGGCGUCGGCCGUCAUCAGUGUUCUCAUGCACCAGUUUGAUGACGCCAUCAGCAUCACUGUGGCCAUCAUCAUAGUAGUGACGGUAGCUUUUGUCCAGGAGUAUCGAUCAGAGAAGUCUCUAGAAGAGCUGGGGAAGCUGGUGCCUCCAGAAUGUCACUGUUUGAGGGAAGGACACCUGGAGCACCUUCUGGCCAGAGAGCUGGUUCCUGGAGACACCGUCUGUCUGUCGGUGGGGGAGAGAGUCCCAGCAGACCUUCGCCUGGUCGAGGCGACAGACCUGUCUGUGGAUGAGUCCAGUCUCACGGGGGAGACGUCGCCCAGCUCCAAGACCACCGGCCACCAGCCGCCGUCCUCCAACGGAGACAUCGCGUCCCGCAGCAACGUGGCCUUCAUGGGCACCCUGGUGCGCUGCGGCAGAGCCAAGGGCAUCGUCAUCGGGACCGGAGAGAACUCUGAGUUUGGGGAGGUUUUCAAGAUGAUGCAAGCAGAAGAGGCUCCUAAAACUCCGUUACAAAAGAGCAUGGACCUGCUGGGGAAGCAGCUGUCGCUCUAUUCCUUUGGCAUUAUAGGGGUCAUCAUGCUGAUGGGAUGGCUGCAGGGGAAGAGGAUUCUGGACAUGUUCACCAUCGGAGUCAGUUUGGCGGUAGCUGCCAUCCCAGAGGGUUUACCCAUUGUGGUGACGGUGACGCUGGCACUCGGUGUGAUGCGCAUGGUGAAGAAAAGAGCCAUCAUCAAAAAGCUUCCCAUCGUAGAAACUCUGGGCUGCUGUAACGUGAUCUGUUCAGACAAGACGGGAACUCUGACCAAGAACGAGAUGACCGUCACCCAGCUGUUCACGUCGGAUGGACUCCACGCUGAGGUGUCGGGUGUGGGCUACAAUGGAGCAGGAGAAGUCCUCCUGGACGGAGACGUCGUCCACGGUUUCUCCUGUCCGUCCAUUAGCAAGAUCGUUGAGGUGGGCUGUGUGUGUAACGACUCAGUCAUCAGGAAUCACAAUUUGUUGGGACGGCCGACCGAGGGAGCGCUCAUCGCCCUCGCCAUGAAGAUGGGUCUGGAGAGCCUGCAGCAGGAGUACGUUCGUCUGGAGGAGCAUCCCUUCACCUCGGAGCAGAAGUGGAUGUCUGUCCGCUGCGUCCACCGGACGCUACAGGACAAACCAGGAGUCUUCUUCGUGAAAGGAGCUUACGAGCAGGUGAUCGGGCUCUGCAGCUCCUACAACAGCAGAGGGAGUGCUCUGUCUCUGAGCCACCAGCAGAGGGAGCUGUACCAGCAGCAGAUCAGCUACAUGGGGUCUGCUGGUCUCAGAGUUCUGGCCUUUGCUUCCGGGUCCCAGAUGGGGAACCUGACCUUUCUGGGUCUGGUUGGCAUCAUCGACCCCCCCAGGUCAGGGGUCAAAGAGGCCGUGGGGAUGCUCAUCAACUCUGGAGUGGCCAUCAAGAUGAUCACUGGAGACUCCAAGGAGACGGCCGUGUCCAUAGCCAGUCGUCUGGGGCUGUUUUCUAAAGGCUCUCAGUCUUUGUCUGGAGACGAGGUCGACCAAUUGGACCUGCAGCAGCUGUCUCACAUCGUCCCCAGAAUUGCCGUGUUUUAUCGAGCCAGUCCUCGACACAAGCUGAAGAUCGUCAAGUCCCUCCAGAACAUUGGUGCCGUAGUGGCCAUGACGGGCGACGGGGUGAAUGACGCUGUGGCUCUGAAGGCCGCCGACAUCGGCGUGGCGAUGGGCCUAACGGGGACCGACGUCUGCAAGGAGGCGGCAGACAUGAUCCUGGUGGAUGACGACUUCCAGACCAUCAUGUCGGCCAUCGAGGAAGGAAAAGGAAUUUACAACAACAUUAAAAACUUUGUGCGCUUCCAGCUGAGCACGAGCAUCGCCGCUCUGACGCUCAUCUCCUUGGCCACGCUGAUGAACUUCCCCAACCCGCUGAACGCCAUGCAGAUCCUGUGGAUCAACAUCAUCAUGGACGGCCCCCCCGCUCAGAGUUUGGGCGUAGAGCCGGUGGACCGCGACGUCAUCAGGCAGCCGCCACGUAACGUCAGAGACAGCAUCAUCACCCGCGGCCUGCUCAUCAAAGUGCUGGUGUCGGCGCUGGUCAUCGUCUGUGGGACGCUGUUUGUCUUCUGGAGGGAGCUGCAGGACAACGUGAUCACUCCUCGAGACACCACCAUGACCUUCACCUGCUUCGUCUUCUUCGACAUGUUCAACGCUCUGAGCUCUCGAUCACAGACCCGUAUGGUCCAUGAACUGGGUCUGUGCAGCAACAGGACCUUCUGCUAUGCCGUCCUGGCCUCCAUCAUGGGUCAGCUGCUCGUCAUCUACUUCCCUCCACUGCAGAACGUUUUCCAGACGGAGAGCCUCAGCAUCUUUGACCUGCUGUUCCUCGUGACCCUGACCUCCUCGGUGUGUCUGGUUUCUGAGGCCAUAAAGAUGAUGGAGAGGUGGAGGGGAGCCGAGAGGAGUCCACCCUCCGACUGCUUCCACGAGGUAUGACCUCCCCCAGACCCCCCACCCCACCCCACCCCCUCUGAAGGACUCUGAGGAUGAGUAUUAUGGUUCAUUGAAACUGAGAGAGGGAGAAACUCUGGUCUGGGACCGGAGGAAGCUCCCGGCUUCACCUGGUGGAUCUGAACCAGAGUCCGGGUCCCCGGCAGCUGCCGGGUGUAGAUCCCGACUCUCCGGAGAAAAGCCCUCACCUCCCGGUCUGCUGGUCUUCUUCAGGACCGGCUCUCUGGAGGGAACAGUCGUUUUUAAUCUUCUGGUGAUGAGGUGUCGACCACUAUUCAGCCAGACGUUCACUUCCUCAGCAUCUCAAGGCUUCCUUUUGGUUGGAUCAACGUCAUCACUGCAAACAGGAAGUGAUGCAACACAUGCAGCAGCGUUGAUUCAACAAAGUGAAGCCGCGAGGUUCCGGGACACGUUUCUCUUCUCGUAAACCUGUGAUUGUUUUCUGGUAAACGCCGUUAAUCCGUUUAGUUUUCUCUGGAUAUCAACAAGAGACCUGUUCUGUGAUUGGACGCCUGAACGUCUGCUAUUAAUCAGUCCAAAGGUUUGAGGUCAUACCAUGUAUCUAUAUCUAUACGGAGGUUUGCAGACUGAAGUUAAUAAAGAGCUAAAAUCACAUGAAUAUUCAGUUUGUAUUUAAAUUGUAAGUCUGUUUUACACUUGUCUUUAUUAUGAUUAUUUUUACUCUCUAUUAUUAUUAUUAUUAUUAUUAUUAUUAUUACUAAGCCAGGCUUGUGUUUAAGAGUAGACUGAAAGAUAUGUCAUUCUGGCAUUAAUUAUACUUUUUCAAAUAUAGAAAUUAAAUUUGCUGUUUUCUUCACUUUAGUUCCUUCAGGAUAUGACGACUUGUUUGAUUUUCAUGUUCUGUCAUUGAAUGAUUGAUUGGAUGUGACCUCUCCUGGAGUUCACUAUGGAACUUACUUUUCCUUUUGGUUUGCUAAUCAAAGAUGCUAAUGUUAGCGAAACGAGCUGGCUAACUGGAUUAGCAUGGGUUAGCUCACACAAGUAAGCGCUCGGUUGAUUAUUGUUGUUAAAUUAUUUAAAUCGCAAGUCAGAUGGAGAACGUCAGUGAAACCUUUUUAGUUUUCUUUGGACCAACUGAUCUUUUACGAGGUGUGCAGUAACUACUCCACUGUAUGUGUUCUUUAUGUUCCUGCUUUAUUUUAAUAAACAGAUCCUUCACUGAC